UAUACAAAUCUGGCAAGAGCCAACACCAGUCUUUGCAAGAAUGGAGUCGGUAAAACAAAGGAUUUUGACCCCAGGAAAAGAGGGGCUAAAGAAUUUUGCUGGAAAAUCCCUUGGCCAGAUCUACAGGGUGCUGGAGAAGAAGCAAGACACUGGGGAGACCAUCGAGCUGACGGAGGAUGGGAAGCCCCUGGAGGUGCCCGAGAAAAAGGCUCCACUGUGCGAUUGCACCUGCUUCGGCCUGCCGCGCCGCUACAUCAUCGCCAUCAUGAGCGGCCUGGGCUUCUGCAUCUCCUUCGGCAUCCGCUGCAACCUGGGCGUGGCCAUCGUGGACAUGGUCAACAACAGCACCAUCCACCGAGGGGGCAAGGUCAUCAAGGAGAAGGCCAAAUUCAACUGGGACCCAGAAACCGUGGGGAUGAUCCACGGUUCCUUCUUUUGGGGCUACAUCAUCACCCAGAUUCCGGGCGGCUACAUCGCGUCUCGGCUGGCAGCCAACAGGGUUUUUGGAGCUGCCAUACUUCUUACCUCUACUCUGAAUAUGCUAAUCCCAUCGGCAGCCAGAGUGCAUUAUGGGUGUGUCAUCUUUGUUAGGAUAUUGCAGGGACUUGUUGAGGGUGUCACCUACCCAGCAUGUCAUGGGAUAUGGAGCAAAUGGGCUCCUCCUCUAGAGAGGAGUAGAUUGGCAACCACCUCCUUUUGUGGUUCAUAUGCUGGAGCUGUGAUUGCAAUGCCUUUAGCUGGCAUUCUUGUACAGUAUACUGGUUGGUCCUCAGUAUUCUAUGUCUAUGGAAGCUUUGGAAUGAUCUGGUACAUGUUUUGGCUUUUGGUGUCUUAUGAGAGUCCUGCAAAGCAUCCUACCAUUACAGAUGAAGAACGUAGGUACAUUGAAGAAAGCAUUGGAGAGAGUGCAAAUCUUUUAGGUGCAAUGGAAAAAUUCAAGACUCCAUGGAGGAAAUUUUUUACAUCUAUGCCUGUCUAUGCAAUAAUUGUUGCAAACUUCUGCAGAAGCUGGACUUUUUACUUAUUGCUUAUUAGUCAGCCGGCAUAUUUUGAGGAAGUCUUUGGAUUUGAAAUCAGCAAGGUUGGCAUGCUAUCUGCUGUGCCACACUUGGUAAUGACAAUUAUUGUACCCAUUGGAGGGCAGAUUGCAGAUUUUCUAAGAAGCAAGCAAAUUCUUUCAACAACUACAGUAAGAAAGAUCAUGAAUUGUGGUGGUUUUGGCAUGGAAGCAACACUGCUUCUGGUUGUUGGCUAUUCUCAUACUAGAGGUGUAGCUAUCUCAUUCUUGGUCCUUGCAGUGGGAUUCAGUGGAUUUGCUAUUUCUGGUUUCAAUGUUAACCACUUGGACAUUGCUCCGAGAUAUGCAAGUAUCUUAAUGGGCAUUUCAAAUGGUGUUGGCACAUUGUCAGGAAUGGUUUGCCCUAUCAUUGUUGGUGCAAUGACAAAGAAUAAGUCACGUGAAGAGUGGCAGUAUGUUUUCCUGAUUGCUGCCCUGGUCCACUAUGGCGGAGUUAUAUUUUACGCAAUAUUUGCCUCAGGAGAGAAACAACCCUGGGCAGAUCCUGAAGAAACAAGUGAAGAAAAAUGUGGAUUUAUCCAUGAAGAUGAGCUUGAUGAAGAGACAGGGGACAUUACUCAAAAUUAUAUAAAUUAUGGUACCACCAAGUCUUAUGGUGCCACAACACAGGCCAAUGGAGGUUGGCCAAAUGGCUGGGAAAAGAAAGAGGAAUUCGUACAAGAAGAAGUACAAGACUCAUACACCUAUAAGGACCGAGAUGAUUAUUCAUAACAAAGCUAAUUGCUGGAUUUAUUUUUAGUGUUUGUGAUUAAAUUAAUUGUGAUUGCACAAAAAUUAAAAAAAAAAAGUGAUGUAAACACAUAAACAUAUCAACCAGGCAACUCUUGCUAUAAAAAUGAAUCAAAAAGACAAACAAACAAAGAAAAAAACUCAUGAAGUUUCCAUCAAGUGCAAUCUGUAGAAGUUGUGAAAUGCCAUCAUUUCCAUUCAGGUCAUCCAUUUUUGCGUUUGUGAUUUAAUGGUUGACUGGUCAAAAUUGUAGAAGCAAGUAGUUACUCUUUGGAUUCAUGUGAGCUAAAACUCAUCACCAUUUAAUAAAGCACAACUAAAACAGUUGGCACAUCCCAUCCUACACAGGUUAGGAAGCCAAAGCUACUUGAUCAUGCAAAAUGCACUUAUAUAUUUGUUACACUGUAUUGCAAGGUAUCAUGCAGAAGUCCUGUUAAGAAAACUAAAGAUGUCAUGUUGGCUGCAUCAGGUGUUGGCAACAUUUAUUGAAUAUAAAUUAUAGAGUUGAUAUAUCUCUCAAUUAGAGAAGAAUAUUGUGGGCUAGCAACUAGCAAGGUGUACUAAAUAAUUAUUGUUAUUACAUAAUGUGGAAUAUUUUGUUGGUUCUGAAAAGAAAUAUCUUGCAGUGUUUUAUAUGAAAUGCUUGUGUGCAUAUACUUAUAUCUGUGAAAGAGAACUUGUAAAGUGGGGGGUAUGCUUCAUGUUCUUCCAUUCAUUUACCUAACAGUAUAAAACACUUCACACUUCAACAAAAUCUGAUGUUUCAUGUAGCAUAUCACAUAACUUUUUUGCAAAAAAAUAUAAAAAGUAAAUAGACUUUAAUGUAUUUUUUAUUACAACUUUGUACUGGUUGUAACUUGCAUUAGAAAAAAAAAAGAUACACAUGCCAUAAAGAAUCUAAUAAGAAAUUUACUACGGAGAUAUAUCCCUUAAAAUGCAAUAUUAACAACAAAAGAAAUAGAAAAUUGUUUAGAUAUUCUUCUUCCUUAAUAAUGAAAUACUAUAUUAACCUUGUGCCACAGAGCUAUAUAUAAUAUGAAAAGAUAAACUUAAUAGAGAUACUGUAAGUAGACAAUUUUAUUAUUUAAAGUCCCAUUUAAAAGAUCUUUGUCUUAAAUAUAUAGGACAAUAAAUUAUAUUAAAAAUUAUAUCUCUAUAUAUAUCUGUAUAUCUUAUACAUAUCCAUACACAAAAACAUAAUAAACAAUCUUCACAAAAAACCAAAAAUAGCAUACACCUCAUGUUGGGUUAGGGGACUGCAAUUUCUACUUUCAUAGAGUCAUAGAAUUUUAGAUGGGGCAGAGGCAUUUUGCUUGUCAUUUCUUAAUAUAACUCAACAGGAAUUGCAACAUUUGUGUUCCAAGCAAUAAGUGCAAUGCAUACAAUUUCCUGUCUGUAUAUUAUCUUCAUUUUGCUUGUGGUAGCUGUCUGGGUGGUUGGAAUGAUUUUUUUUUUCUUUCAAAAGUUGACAUCAGACCUCUUUAUAAUGUUCUAAAUGAUAAUAACAUAUUUCCCAAUUCAAUGCAAAAUAUGAUUGGUGUAUUUAAUUGUCUAUUCUGGAUAUCUGAUCUGUUCAUUGGUUCAUUGUACUGUGCUAGUGACUGGAAAUCCCGCUACUGCAAAUAGAAAACAUAACAUUUGUUUUAAAGAUGCAAACCAUCCCUGAACCUUGAGAAAAUAAAAACAGCCUUUGCUUUGUGUCUCAAAGUGAUAUAAUGUGAU